UCCUUAUUUCCCCCAGUUUCUCUUUUCCUCACAUGUUCUUCUCUUUUGCUUCUCUUCAUCCUUCUGCCGCUGCACAGCUCUCUGAUCAAAUCUUUCUCACAUCCCCAUUCUUCUCCUACGAUCUCCUCUCUUCCUCCACUUGUUCCUCUUUUUCAUCUCCCUCAUCACUCCUUUUACUUUCUACCCUCCAUCUCACCUUCUCUUCCUCCACCAACUUUAGUCUCCCCAUCAUGCGACCCCCUUUCCGCCCUGCUUCGCUCCUCUUUCACCUCCUCCAACCCCCUUCUCUCCGGUCCACAGCUCCUUUCUGAGCUCCUUCCUCCCAUCCACCUAUCUCCUCCUCCUCCUCUCCACCCCUCCCUCCUGUCUCACCUCCUCCUACUCCUCUCACUCCUCUGCAGGCCUGCUGCUGCAGAGUGAAGCGCCGUGACGUCACAGAGGGCUGGAGCGCCUCGUCCGUUUGGAGCCGAAAAAAAUGGGGAGAAGAUUUGGAGGUCAUCAUGUGGAAAGCUGCAAAAGGAGAAGGACCGGCUGACUGUUGGCAACAUGUGUGACAGAUGGGUGGCAGAUCUCCCGCGGUCAGUGGGGCUUUAUGCGCCUUUCCCCUGAAACACUGAAACCUGUUUCCACCAUGAGAGGAUCCUUCCGGUGCCUGGCGUCCGUGCCCUCAUACUGGCACUGCUGUUGUGCCGCAUAAGCGCCCGCUGCAGCAGUUGUGGCACGGAAUGGCCUCUCUGGAUCUGCCCUACCGCUGUCCUCGCUGUGGGGAGCACAAGCGCUUCCGAAGCCUGUCUUCUUUAAGAGCCCAUUUGGAAUACAACCACACCUACGAGACCCUUUACGUCCUCUCCAAAUCCAAUAGUGUGUGCGACGCUGCCGCGCUGCUGCCCCUAGUGGCGGAGGGUGCUUUGCUCACACCCGCCAACAACAACGACCCCUUCGAGCCCCUGCGACCCUCUGCCUUAAAGGAGCGGCACUUUCCAUGUCGUGAGCUUCCAUGUGCUGAUGACUUGAGUCUGACCCCGGCUAAUUCCAACGCUGCUGCGCGCUACAUUCCAAAUGUGGAGUUUCCCCUCGGGGAGUUCUUUAUGAAGAAAGCCAUGACGUCUGCAGACCCCGGUGCCCACGGGGGCCCCAGCACGGCCGUCGCGGUGGCAGCAAAUGUCGCAGCAAGCGCAGUGGAGGCGGCUUAUGAGGAGGGUUUGGCCCGACUGAAGGCCCGAGCGUUUGAGCGACUGGAGCUGGACGAACGACUGGAGAAGCUUUCUGAAGAGGUGGAGCAGAAGAUCGCGGCUCGUGUGGGCCGCCUGCAGGCCGAGCUGGAGAGGAAGAGUUCCGAGUUGGAGCGGGCCAAGCAAGAGAGCGAGCGUCUGAGUCAGGAGAAGCAGGAUCUGGAGGACAAGGCCUCCGAGCUCUCCCGGCAGGUGGACGUCUCUGUGGAGAUGCUGGCGAACUUGAAGCAGGACCUGGUCAACAAGGAGGCCGAGCUCACGCACAAGCAGCAGGAAGUGGCCCAGAUCGACCAGUUCCUGCAGGAGACGGCGGCCCGUGAAGCCAACGCCAAAGUUCGGCUGCAGCAGUUCAUCGAGGAGCUGCUCGACCGAGCCGACCGUGCAGAGAAGCAGCUGCAGAUCAUCAGCAGCUGUGGAACUACUCCAAACGGCAGCCUGGGACGCUGCAGCCUUCAGGCCACCAAGGGAAACGGGCACCAGAGGAACUCCAGCAUCUCUGGCAGCACCAGAGGAAUGUACCAAGUGUCAGACCGUCGCUCCUCCCCCAGCACAGGGGCGUCGGGUCGGAUCAAGUCGGUCUCUCAGGGUUCAGGAGGUUACGACAGUGACAGCGUGGAGAUGCACCCGAUGGACGAGUGUCCCGAGGCGCAGUACUACCCCAUGCAGUGUCGGAUGAGUGAGCCGGCGUACGAGCGCUCGCCCGGAUGUGCUGGAGGCGGCUCCAGAAACUGGGGCCUCCGUAAGCAAGCCAUUCAGAACUGGCAGCGGCGGCCCUACAGAAACAGCACCGAGGGCGAGGAGGGGGACGUGUCAGAUGUGGGCUCGCGCACCACGGAGUCGGAGGUGGAGAUGUGGGAGCAGGAGAGGAGAGCCGUGGCCGAGGUCCAGCAGUCGGCUGCCCCCCACCCUCACCACGGCAGAGCGGCCUAUCGCCCGAGCGCAGGUCGCUCAGAGGUCAUCUACAACAAACCAUGCCGUCAUGAGAAGAGCCCGUCGAAAUCUAGCGAGGUCAUCAGUCCCGAGGUCCUGAAGAUGCGGGCGGCUCUCUUCUGCAUCUUCACGUACCUGGACACCAAAACCCUGCUGAGGACGGCAGAGGUCUGUCGGGACUGGAAGUUUGUGGCCCGUCACCCGGCUGUUUGGACCCGGGUGUUGGUGGAAAACGCCCGAAUCUCCUCAAAGUUCCUCAGCACUUUGUCUCAGUGGUGCACGCAGACACACUCGCUGAUUCUCCAGAACCUGAAACCCCGACAGAGAGGGAAGAAGGAGAGCAAGGAGGACUAUUUGAAAAGCACACGUGGCUGUCUUGAGGAGGGUCUGGAGUCUUUGCUGAGGGCCACCGGCAGCAACCUUCUCAUUCUGAAAGUUUCUCACUGUCCCAACCUGCUGACCGAUCGCUCCCUGUGGCUGGCCAGCUGCUACUGCCGAGCGCUGCAGGCCGUCACCUACAGGAGCGCCACCGAUCCAGUCGGACAAGAAGUCAUCUGGGCCCUUGGUGCGGGGUGCAGAGACAUUAUCUCACUACAGGUGGCGCCACUUCACCCAUGCCAACAGCCUGCACGCUUCAGUAACCGAUGCCUGCAGACGAUUGGACGAUGCUGGCCACACCUCCGCGCUCUGGGAGUGGGCGGGGCCGGGUGCGGCAUCCAGGGACUGGCGUCUUUGGCCAGGAACUGCAUGCGCCUGCAGGUGCUGGAGUUAGACCAUGUCAGUGAAAUCAACCAGGAGGUGGCAGCAGAGGUCUGCAGAGAGGGUCUGAAAGGCCUGGAGAUGCUGGUCCUCACCUCCACCCCAGUGACCCCCAAAGCCUUGCUGCACUUCAACAGUGUAUGUCGCAACCUGAAGUCCAUCGUGGUUCAGAUCGGGAUAGAAGACUACUUUGAGGACCCAAACAGUCCAGAAGCACGAAAGCUGUUCGACGAGAUGGUGAACAAGCUUCAGGCUUUGAAGAAGAGACCAGGCUUUUCCAAAAUCCUCCACGUGAAAGCAGACAGCCUGUGCUAACGUCUUUUGUUGACAUAUACAUAUAUUGAAUUUCAUUCUGAAAGAAGAACUGGCUGUUCCCACAACGCUCACGUCCGCUCGGAGGAGACGCGAUAAAGGGCUGACCAGCUACAUUACACAGACAGGAAAGAGGGAAACCAGUGUUCUGUUCACGUGACGGAGAAAGGCAAAACUCUGGCACCUGAGACGCUUCUGUUGACUGGAUCAAAUGUGCUCAACUAGAGAAGCCGGAGUUCGGAGUCACGACUGUCAGUCCCGGUACCGACAUGCUCAUCAUUCACACCCGGAAUAUUUCACUUGGCUCCAACGGACUGCUUUGAUCCAGAACAUGUCUCCGGCCCAUCUGGAAGAAAGAUCCUGAUCACUGCGUUGUUUGUGUGCGUUCUCCCUUUGGAGACAUGUUUCCCUCCACGGUGCCAUUACGCAAGAAGCGCAGAUGUUUGAUGUUCCUGAGACGCCAGGGAGCAAUGUUUUUACUAUCGAGCGAGGUCUCCAGGUGCCGUUACAGUGUUUAUAUCGAUCAUGUGAAUUUCAUACUCGCGCAUCCACAACAGUGCCAUUCAUAGAAGCUGAUCUUCAGAUAUGGUGGACGGCUGCGGCGCCCCCUGCUGAGGCUUCCAGGCACCCACGACGCCCCAAGGCUUGGAAAGUGUCUCACCGCAAAGAAGCAUCACCACUGUUUAUAGAGCAGAAAACCCAGUGAUCAGAUUAUCAUCUUUCAACUGGGAAUGAAUUUCAUUGCGAUUAUAAGUGUUUGUCAGGAAACAAAGGAGCGGACGACCGGCCCGAGGGUGGAGGACGAGUGCGUCCACUCGGUUCUGAGGAGCCCACGGAAAAGAACACUGACAAGUCGUGAGGCGAGUAGCUGAGCGAGUCCUGCCUUUGGAAGAACUUCUCAACGCUUCUCACACCCCACGUGGCACCAUCUCUUGGGUCCCAGCGCGGAUCCAACCCACAGCAGAAUUAGCUUCUGGCACCAAACGCAACUGGGCUGCACUUGUCACACUACUCGCACCUGAGCAGUCGCUGGUUUCCUGCCACCAAAGCGUCUUCUCCUCCCCUCUCAAGUCUUUGUCUUGUUGAAGAAUGAUCCUGCACUGCAGUACAGCUUGGACCCACCUCUCAUUCAUGGCUUUCCUUCAUUCCCACAAAUAUUUAGAUUCUCACUGAAGGCAUCAAAAUUUUGAAUGAACAAAUGGAAUUGUGUAGUAAGCAAAGACGUGUGUAAUGACUCAAAACAUGUUUUAUAUUUCAGAUUCUUUCAAAUCUGGUUACUAGUUUGCUCAGUCUUGGCUUCUCGCGAUGAGCUGAUUGAGGACGAGGGUUUGCAGCGCUGCCAACAAAGCUAGCUUGAGUCAUCUAAAACAUGAAACAUAUUUAGUGUUAUUCUACGUUUUUUUCCUUGCUACGAUUCCACACAUCCUGCUUUGUAUGUUUGAUGUCUUCAGUCUGUAUCUACAACGCGGAAAGUAUUAGAAAUGAAGAAAAACCGCUGACUCAGAAGGCGUGUCCAAACCUUUGGUCUGUACUGUGCGUCAUGGUAAAAUCCUGGCUCUCAAUGGUUUACGGGCUGAGACUUGUCACCGGCACUUAGGUGUUUCACAUUCAGCGUGAUGCAACAAAAGUCGCUUUAAACCUUAAAGCUGAAAGCAGUAGUAACACUGUCGCACAUGAUCACGGGCCUAAAGUUAAAUCAGUCGCUCUUUGUCGCAAAGAUAGCGUGUACACAUCCAGUCACAGUGAAGAAACACGGAAAAUGAAAGUUCCAACAUGUUAUAUCUAAGGGCUUGUUGGUUUGGUAGAGUUAGUGGUCCACUUGUGGAGACCACUCCCACAGACUCAGACGACUCCCCCAGAGUGAGACCACUCCCCCAGAGCCAGAUCACUCCCGCAGACUCAGACCACUCCCGCAGAGUGAGACCACUGCCCCAGACUCAGACCACUCCUGCAGAGUCAGAGUGAGAUCACUCCCCCUGAGGACCUACAGGUCAAACACACACCACUGGUGGCACACAUCCAACUUGUGACCCCAUUCAUCACAGAGAUCUGAACGCAAGGGUUCCUCGUCUAUAGUCACCUCAUCCCAGUCUGGACCUCCACGGACCCUCCUGACCGCACGCUGACUCUAGUCUCAAACGUCCCAGGCUCCAUUGGAUCUCUCACUUCCAAUCAGCAAGGCUUUCUUGGCUGGUGUCUUUCCUUGUUCCACAAAACAAGGCACAAUGUUCCCUGAGCUUUCUCUUACGGAUAGCAGGCACAGUUCCGCCGGCCCCAUCUAACACCCAGCUGACUUGUGGCACCAUUCAUACCAGAUAAGUGAAACCCCAGUCUGGUGAACCCUUGCUUUCAGGCUGCCUGUGGCACCAAAAGAGCUGCCUUAUCAGGGUUGUUACUAGCAACCACCCGUCCACUCUGUCUUGUCCUGCGGGUGUCGCCCAUCCAUGACGCCAUUUGUAGCAAAGCCAGACCGGCCGGUUGCACAGGGAGUCACCUACCUGUCGAAUGAAGGAUCCAGGGAAGGACCUGCUGAACCAACUUGGGCCUCUAUGGAGCCACUGGCUGGGGGUGGGAGGAGCCCAGCCAAGGACCAGGACACAGACAUUGCUGGGGUGGGCGUCUUACCUCACAAUAUCGGAGCAAUGGGAACCUCCAUUCUCCAGUGCAUUUCGAGAUUAUCACUACGAGAAGAUGCAGUUUCCAAUAAUGCUGACUAUCCAUUUCAUGACACUAGCUGCAGUUGCCACCAUUCAAACAAUACCCAGGACGAACUGCUCGGAGUGACGGAGGGGACGCUCGAUGGACGCACUUGUAGAGUUUAGGUUGUUAGACAAUCCUGCCUUUUGCUGUCCUGUACAUACGGUUUGCAUAUAAAAAGAGGACCAACAUGUGAUGUGAUAUUAUACUAUGAAGUGUACAACAGCUUCAAAAGUUUACAAGUCUGUUUGAGUUUCUCUCCAAAGUUGAAUGAAAGACAAGCGCAGUGAGGUUUUUGUCGGUGUCUUAGCUUCUUUAUACUGAGUCCAAUAGAGAUGAACAUACUAAGGAAGAGGGUAACAAUGGUUACUCAGCUAUUUAUUUCUAUAAAAAAAAAAAAACAAACAAAC